UGAAUAAACGAGACUUGUUGGUCGGAGUUUUGCACAUGACUCUUUCCCCACCGAACCUAAAAAUCACAGAGAGAGCUUGAGUAAUCCUAAUGGAAGAGAAAAUGAGAAAGCUAUGGGAAGAAACACGAGAGCUAAGCUUGGGAACUACCACCCAAAUCCCCCGUCUUGAAACCCCACCAACCCCUCUCCAGUUCCUCCGUGAUUACGUCUCCCCAAACAAGCCCUUAAUCAUCUCCUCCGCCACUCUUCACUGGCCAGCCACCACUCUCUGGUCUUCCCCUGAUUACCUCCUCAAUACCCUCUCAGCCUCCUCCGUAUCCCUCCACCUCACUCCCUCCGGAAACGCCGAUUCCCUCACCCCUUUACCCCAUUCCCCUCAUUCCCCCUGUUUCGCCUCACCCCAUGUCGAGAAAGUCCCUUUUAAGGACGCCCUUGACGCGAUAAAGGCUUCGCGUGUCGGAGAUGAUCAAUGUGUGGUGGCUUAUGCUCAGCAGCAGAAUGAUUGUUUGAGGGCUGAGUAUUCUGCUGUUGCUGGGGACUGUGAGGAGCAUAUUGGAUGGGCUUCUGAGGCGCUGGGGUGUAGGCCUGAGGCGGUUAAUUUGUGGAUUGGGAAUGAGCUUUCAGAGACUUGGUUUCAUAAGGAUCAUUAUGAGAAUCUCUAUGCUGUUGUUACUGGGGAGAAGCAUUUCUUGCUUCUUCCUCCUACUGAUGUUCAUCGAAUGUAUAUUCGGGACUAUCCUGCUGCUCAGUAUCACUACUCUAAGGAUACAGGGAAGUUUGAGUUGGAACUGGAGGAUCCAAUCAGAUAUGUUCCAUGGUGUAGUGUAAACCCAUACCCUUCACCGGACACUGAAAAAGGAGAUAUGGCUAGAUUCCCUUUGUAUUUUGAGGGACCAAAGCCAUUCGAGUGUACCGUUAAGGCUGGCGAGAUUCUUUAUCUGCCAAGUAUGUGGUUUCAUCAUGUAAGACAGACUCCAGAUAGCAGAGGCCUGACUGUUGCCGUAAAUUAUUGGUAUGAUAUGCAAUUUGAUAUGAAGUAUGCUUACUUCAACUUCUUGCAAUCAAUUACUUGCUCUGGGUUUGUUGAUGUGACAAACCAAGAAAAUCAGUGUUCGAAAUCAUGUGCUGGAACUGACAUAGAAGAUGGCUCAGACGUGGCGCAUAUAGCAAGUGGCUACGAUUCAGAUGUCAGUGAUGACAUUGUAAAGACAUGACCAUUCUGUGCACCUCAAUUUUACCUGGAGUUGGUUUUCUGGGGUAGCACAAAGUUCGUCACUAUUAUGCCCACUAGUGGCUCUUGCUGCGCAGUACAAAGAGAUAAUUGGUUUUCCAGGACGAAUGUUUUUGUGCACACACUAACCUCAUGGUAGAAUUACUACAUCAUCUACACCCGUAAUAGGUGUUGCCUCUCAAUCCAAAGAGGUGAUAUUAGUUUUUUGGAAAGUCUUCAGGUUCAAAAUUUGGUUUGCAUUUUAUGAAUUGCUGAUGGCAAUGAACCAGGAUUAGGUAGUCUAAUCAGACAUUGACAUUUGACCAGCAUACAGAGAGUUACCAAGAUUUUAUAUAGUUUGAGGAUGUUAAAGUUAUAUAUAUUGCAAGGGACUGAAGAACCAGGCAAAGGUGUUGCGCGCAGACUGGAAGACUCCUGCACUCGGAGGAUCCUUAGAAAGUCUGCUGAAUAUUGCAAACCUUCAAAUUGCAUGCGUAUGUCUUCUAGAAUCGUCAUACUUAGGGUGAUUUGUGUAUGUACCAUCGUCAAUGUAAGGGUUAUGCAUGUGCUAAUUCAGGUUACAGUUUUAAAAUUUCAGGUGUGAAUACAAAAGUGACUUCUAUUAAAAAUACUAUAGAGCAAAAGCGUGUACAGAGGCUUGUUAGUUGCUUAACAUUAAGGAUAUGGGACUGUUUAGCUUAAUUUAAAAGUACAUUUUAUUGUUUAUAAUUAAGAAGUUAUUUAUAAAUAAAGAGUAAUUUUUAUGUUG